AUGACUCACUCGACGAAGAAACCUUACGAGUGCCAGUUUACGCAAUGCGACAAGAGUUAUUGCGAUGCACGCAGUCUUCGUCGUCAUCAUGAGAACCAUCAUCAACAACUCCUGGAGAACCAUCCACUCGAUUACACUUCAUCGUCUGGCUUGAUGAUGGGCACACUCUGGAGUAGCGGAUACAAUCCUCUGGACGAGCCAAAGCCAGUAAAAUGCUCAGUUUGUGGCAAGAGAUUUCGUAACAUGCCUGCUCUAAAUGGACACAUGAGGUUACAUGGAGGAUACACUAAACAGAUUAAGGCUGAAAUAGAAAACAUCAUUGAAGAUGUUAGUAACGAUGAAGUUAAAAUUAGCCUUCAGCCGAUGGAGAUCAACAGUCUUUCAACUUCUGAUAUUAUCUUCAAAGACGAGAAAGAAAGAAAAGCGGCGCUUGCAUUAUCGGAUGCAUCGUCGUUAUCUUCCUCGUCAUCUUCAUCGUUGUUGAAAAUAAUAAACAUCAAGCAUGCAAGAACAAAAGAGUUUGGUUCAUCCUAUUUAUCAAAUUUGCCCGAUUAUGUUGAUGACGGAAAUUCGUUCAAUGAACCAUCAAAUCCAAAUUUGCAGCCACACGCUCUUCAGUGCCAUCUUCAAUCGACUGAUGAUAAUAUCAACUCUAAUAAUUUUAUUGAAAAAAAUGCCAACUCAUUGAUUGACAUGCCUUCUGAUACGAGUGCCAAAAACAACACGAUUUGCAUAAACAGUUCAGCUACUGAUUUCAACAAAUAUAAUUUCACAAACAAACUUGAACCGCAUCAACAGCUUUCCUGUAGUCAGAAUUUUGCUGAUAAUUUUUUUCCAAUAUCUCCAAUAACAACAAAACCAACAUGCCACAUUGUUGAGUCCUCUUAA